UCAUCUUUAAUUGAAUUAAGACUUCAAAUUCUUUUACUUUUUUUAAAUAUAAAUCUUAUAAAAUAUGAUUUGGAAUCAACUAUUUUCAAAAUGUUAUCUGUGUGAGUUUCAUCCCCUUUAUUUACAUUAUGUGUUAUAUUAGAAAAUCUCAGUUAUUGAAGAUUCACAAAUUGUAUUAUCUCCUCAUCCAAUCCCCAGUUCCAGUGAGGUGUUUACUUUGUAUGAUGAGCAAAUCUCCAAUAUUGAAGAUUCACAAAUUGUAUUAUCUUCUCAUCCAAUCCCCAGUUCCAGUGAGGCGCUUACUUUGCAUGAUGAGGAUGACAAAUAUUUUGAUAAAUUUCAUAAUUGCUGUAGGCCCUUGUCAGCCAUGUACAAAUAAAUUUCAAUAUCCUGUUACUAACAAGAGGAGCAUGAAUAUAACCUAUUAUAGAAAGGUUAAUAUAGAUGGUUCCCUCAACCCCAGAAAUUGGCUAUCUUAUAGCACUACUUUAGACAAAGUCUUUUGUCUAUAUUGUAUUAUGUUUGGUGGCCCUAAGUCCAAUACUUUUUGGACUAAACAUGGGGUAAAUAAUUGGAAAAACAUAAAGCGUGACUUAGAGAGACACGAAGCAUCUUCUCUUCAUAAAGAUUGUGAAUAUGCAAACAUGACUUGGCUUGCAAAUAAACGCAUUCAAGAUCAUUUGCUAUCAAAUAAGCUUGAUAUAAUCAUGGAAAAUCGUAAUAUAGUUCAUAAUAUUAUCAAUGCCAUUAUGUACCUUAUAAAAUGUAAUAUAGCCUUUUGGGGUUCUAAUUCGAAUGAAGGUAAUUUUAUGUGUCUCAUAAAAUUAAUGGCAAAAACGGUUCCAACUUUACGUGCAUACAUGGAUAACAACGAAAAAUUGCGGAGAAAAAAAUCAGAUAAAAUUUCGAGACCUUAUAUAAAUUUACUGUCAUAUGGCCACGUGAAAAAAAUAACUGAAAUUAUUAAGAUAAAAAUAACAAAAAGCAUUAUUCAAACAAUUAAAGAGAAUCGUGCCUAUAGCAUCAUAUUAGAUGGAACAUAUGAUGUGUCUAAAAAAGAAUGCAUAGCUUUGCUUGUACGGUAUAUAGAAGAUGAUCUGCAUCCACAUCCUGUAGAAAGGAUCAUACAUGUUUUUACAACAUCAGAAACCACUGGGGAAAAUAUAAAGAAACAUGUUUUUUCUAAGUUUAAUGAUCUUGGUCUUCCUCUUGAUUAUUUGGUUGGACAAAGUAUGGAUGGUGCAGGGAAUAUGAGAGGAGUAUACAAAGGAAUGCAGGCUUUAAUAUUGAAAGAGGCUCCAAAAGCCAUCUAUAUUUGGUGCCAUGCACAUCGGCUAAAUUUAGUAGUUGCUCAUGUUUGUGGAUGCAAAAUUGAAAUGAAAAAGGCAAUGGGAAUAUUAGAUGAGUUAUAUAAUUUUAUGAAUGGAGUUAGACGUCAAGGUGUGUUUGUUAAAUAUCAAAUGAGAAAGUCCAAGAAAUCUCUUAAAAGAAUUAAAAACACAACAAGAAAUUGGUCAUCAUCCUACAAAUCUGUAGAAAUCUUUUUAGAUGUUUAUGAACAUAUUUUAGCAUCAUUAGUUGAAUUAAAAGAUUCUAAUGACCCAAGCACCUCUUCCAUUGCCGAUGGAAAUAUUGAAAUGUACACAUGAGGCUUGUAUUGAAAUGCAGGCAGUUGGUAAUGAUUUGGCUUUGGUAACCAAAUU